ACGUCUUGCUCACAAAAUGUAAUAUGGCGGCACAUGUGAUUAUACAUCAUCAACACUUUACGCGAAUUUUUAAACAUUCUCUUUUUCGAGCUCCAUUUCAUGGAAUGAGAUUUUUGUCAAAUCGUUCAGUUAAUGUUAAAUUCCAAGAUGAAAGUGUGCAAAUUUUGCUGAAGAGAAUUACUGGCAGAAAUUUGGAGAGGAUCCUGACUAAUCGGCGUGAAAGUGGAGUUGACUUGCCUUCGUAUAGAUUAAUGACAGAUAACGAAGUCUCAAUGGCAGAAAAAAACAUGGAGAGAGAAGUGGAGAAAUUUCUGGAAAUGCCUGCUGUCAUGGAGGAAAGAAAAGACUCCAAUAUUGUAUUGGAGCAAAGGCCAGAUCUUGAAGGAUACACAGAGUGUAAUAUGGUCUUCACUGAUAUAAGCCAAAACACAACAAACAGGGAUCGAUGGAUUGUUGUAAGACAACCAAAUGGAACAUUGCGCAAAGCUCAUUGGAGUGAAAGGGACAGGAUGAAUUUUCUCUUUCAUCAAAGAGAUGGCCAAAGCUACAAACUGCCAUCUGUUUUAGAAAAUGAACAUCUGAAGAAUGCAUUUGACAGAUUGGGACAUGUGGACAUUCUUGAUCUUGUGUGUGUCCAAUGUGAGGCUGACUCAUCUGAUUAUAUAAGGGUUCAUCAACAUACAUAUGAAGAUCUGCAUAAGAAGCAAGCAUAUGAUCUAUUACGAUCUACAAGACAUUUUGGUGGAAUGGUUUACUACUUUGCAAAACACAAGAGAUUAACGUGGCUCUUAGUCGAUAUGUUAAAGAGAGAUUUAAUUUCUGAUGCAAGCGAUGUUGUUAGACUUUUUUACAUUCUUCAUCCUACGUCUCUGACUGAAGGUAAACAGUUGGAUGGAGUUGAACUAAUCAGGGCUUAUAUUAAAGCAGAAGGACCAAAGGCUCUAUUGGAUUUUAUUGAAGAUGAUGUUGUCGUAAAUGUAGCGUGAACUCUUUCAUAUAAUCCUCUUCUGCCAGUGUUUGAUGGAAGGAGUGAUACCAUUGGUCAAGUCUGACGCUAAAGAUGAUGUCAGCUGAAAUUUAAAUUCAUUGGCUCAAACUUUUGUGUCUCAAUGGAUUAUUAACACAACGUGUUUUAUUGCGUUCAAUGGACGAUACUUUCAAUGUAUUGUCAGCUGCCGAAUUUCAUUAUUUUUUCAAUGUAAAUGACAAAUAAAUAUUUACAGUGCGUUUUUAGCAUAUAUAGGCAA